AUGAUUGGCUUUUUUCUUGUCUUUCCAGCAGUAUUCUAUUUCUUGUAUAGCAAAACAGGGUCACUCUACUUUAGAGUUAUUAUUAGUGUUUGUAUCUUAGUGUUAGAAGCGAUGUCUGGUACUUAUGGUACACGAGUGGCACAUAAAAAGGGUACCUUGCGUGAUACACUCCACAAGAGAGCAGAAGCAACGUUGACACGGGAAGGCAUAUUUAAUGCUGUUGUCUGUCCGGAGGGCGUAGACCGUAACGAGUGGAUUGCAGUCCAUGCUGUUGACUUUUACAACGACAUCUGUAUGCUGUUCGGCAUCGUAGCAGAUAAUUGUACAGCAGAGAAAUGUCCCAAUAUGUCAGCUGGGUCGAAAUUCGAAUAUCUGUGGUUGGAUCAAGAACAUUACCGUCGACCUACCCGAUUUCCUGCAAAGAUUUACAUCGACUACCUGUUGAACUGGCUCGUAAGCCAGCUAGAUAACCCCAACAUUUUCCCAGUAGACGAUAACACUCCUUUUCCCCCAAAUUACGAUGACUACGUAAAGGUUUUUUUCCGUCGUAUUUUUCGCGUCUAUGGGCACAUCUGGCACAACCACCGAGAUUUUUUGAAGCUUUGCAAAUGCGAGGACUUUUUUAGAUUCAGUCUAACUCACUACUUGUACUUUGUGGACCACUUUAAUCUCGUCGAUGGGAAGGAAAUCCGCCCUCUCUACCAACUCGUCAACGAAAUCGCCCCCAAUCUCCCUCUCACCAAGGCCAUGAACGUUAUCGAGGAGUCCAAGCAGGAGAGUCGAAAAGCCCAGCAGCUCGCCUAUCAGCAGCAGCUCGCUCCCGUCAAUCGCCAGCUCCACAACGGCCGGCCUCCCAUCAAUCUCCACCAGCGCCCCAGCUCCUACUGGAUGUCCGAUCGCUCCUCCACCGAGUUCCGUUCCUCCUUAUGCUACAACGAGAGCGGCGAGGAGCCUUCCGUCACCGAUGAGGCCGCUUCCGAGCCGCUGCCGCACAGUCCCGCGCGCUACCCCGCGCUGGUGCUUCGCUCCGUCCCUCCGGAGGUCGUCAAUCGCUCCUCCCAGAGCGGCAGCGUCCCCGCGGGAGUGCCUCAGCAGGCGGAGAGCCAGGCGAAGCCGCCGGGGGCGAGUCUGUCGGCCUCGGUGCAGUCGGCGCAGUCGAUGCAGUCGAAGGCGUCCAUUUCGCCGGUUUCUCCGGCGCCCAGUCCGGCGAUGGCGAGUCGUCCAGUGAGUCUGGGGCAGCCGAUGCGGGCGUUACCGCCAGCGCAGCAGGGCGGGCAGGGCGCCCAGCGCGUGCAGAUGGUGCCGCGCCCCGCGGGGCAGCAGCCGAUUUACCAGUACAUGCAGCAACAGCAGCAGCAACAGUCGCAGCCGGGCGUGCCGCCGUCUCCGCAGCGCUUCGCCCAGCAGCCAGCUGCCCAGCAAGCCGUGCCUCCAUCCCCACAGUAUUAUGUGCAACAACCCAUUCAACACUCUAUUCAACAACAACAACAACAAUCUACUCAUCAAUCUAUUCAACAACAAUCUACUCAUCAACAACCCAUUCAACAACAGCCCGUUCAGUCUUCUCCUCAGCGUUAUGUUCAACAGCCUGUGCAACAGCCUGUGCAACAGCCUGUACAGUAUUAUAUGCAGCAGCCUGUGCAGCAGCCAGCCGGGCAAGUGGGUCAACCAAUCCAGUAUGGUCAGUCAAUGCAGACUGCACAAGGAACUGUUUUGCAGCCGAAUCAGCCCACUCAAUCGUAUAAUCUUAUGAACAAGGGAGUGGCUCCGUCGUAUGGAGCGGCUCAGAGUGAUGAGCCGAACGAAGAAGCAGAGGAAAACGCAGAAAGGGAGAGCGAAGAGGAGGAAGGGGAUGAAAAGUGUAUCAUCUAUUGGCGUGUUUGUUUGAUACCGUGGAGAUGGAGCGCUUCUAGCGUUACUAGGGUGCUGUAA